ACGACAUCUGAUAUUUAUUCCAAGAUGGAGUCGAAAAGAAAAGAAAGGUAAACAGACACACGCCAAUUUUCUUCUGUUGACAAUUAUAAGACAAUGAACAAGACACCCCAAAUGUCGACUGAUGGAACAGCGAUGGUGGCCCAGCCAUCUCCUAUGAUGGGAAUCGCCCAGCCACCCCUUGGAAUGAGACAGCCCCACCCCAGUCCAGCCCCCAUGGCCCCUCACCCAGCCGCUGGGGGCGAAAACAAGGUCCUAGACAAGCGCAGACUUCAGGAAUUAGUGAAAGAGGUUGAUCCCCUGGAACAACUUGAUGAUGAUGUGGAAGAGGUACUCCUGCAAGUGGCUGAUGAUUUCAUCGACAGCAUUGUCAACUCGGCCUGUCAGAUCGCCAAACACAGGAAGUCCACUACUUUAGAGGUCAAGGACGUUCAGCUCCACCUCGAGAGGAACUGGAAUAUGUGGAUUCCCGGUUUUGGAUCUGAUGAACUACGUCCAUACAAGAAGGCGUGUUCUACAGAAGCUCACAAACAGAGAAUGGCCCUCAUACGCAAGACAUUGAAGAAAUACUGAAUUCUCCACACGGUGAAUGUUGCCGAGACAGAAUGGUGUAACAGUUGUGAUGUAUUGAAGUGUAUACAGUUGUCUGAUGUUGUAUGGUACCUAUGUAUUGUCAGAACAAUUUGUCUAGCUAUGUUUAGUGGUCAUUUGGUGGAGACACUUUUCCCUUCCGUGUAAAUGUGUUCAGAAUGACAGAACUAUUAAAUAGUAGGGUUUACACUGCUCUGCACUGACUGUAAUGGUCCAAAUAGAUAACAAAUAGCAUAAUUCUGGAAUUGAAUUGAAUAACCAUAUUGAUUUAUUGCAAAAGAUUGAUUAAACAGCAGAUAUUAUGUCAAACUUGAAAUGAUAGGUUUUUGAUACCCGUGUCAUUCCCCCUUCCAUGGUGAAAUCAAACUCUCAUGUAACAAAUACAGUAAGGGCGUCUCCUAUGUAAACAAUGCACAUGGAGGGCUAUGUGUUAUGAUUCAGCCAGUCCUAGCACUUUUGAUAAAAAAAUUCACGUGUGUAUGACAAUGUCCAUUUAAGCAGGAGUGAAAGUGAAUAAAUCUGUGCUAUUUAUGUAACUGAGAUAUCAUGUAAGUGUGUGAAGAAUGUAAUAAAAAAAUCCAUUUUA